AUGUGUUCGGCUGGUGCGGGUAGUACAUAUUCUCAUCCACAAAUGGGAUCGAGUAUGGGGAAAUAUUCAUACGGUGAUGAUCCAUAUUACAAGCGUCGACGGAAGACCGAAAUAGGAGAGCACUUCUCCAAGGAAUAUUCCGAGUAUUGGCGAUGUCCACCGCGGAAAAUAACAUCAGAUGCGUUCGUUAUCGAAAGAAAUGAGUACUCGUUCUCAACCAGUUCAGUUUAUGCACCACUGGCACGCGAUAAUCGACGUUCCCCACAAUUUGUCUCAUCAUUUUCAAAAACGGAAAAAUCAUGUGGACAAUUUCCAAGUGGUUUCGCCACAAAAGGAGGAUCGACAGCACCGCCUGCGACAAAAUAG